AUGCCUCGUGGAUACGGAAUUGCUGACCCCAAGAACUGGACCGACUUCAAGAUCUAUGACUUCGAACUCAAGAAGGAGACCGACGACGAUGUCGACAUUGCCAUCACCCACUGUGGCGUUUGCGGCUCUGACGUACACACCAUCUCUGGUGGUUGGGGUCCUUUGAACCAUGACUUCUGCAUUCCCGGUCACGAGAUCAUCGGCACUGCUACCAAGGUUGGCAAGAACGUUAAAGGCAUCAAGGUCGGCGACCGUGUCGGUGUCGGCGCUCAGGUUGACUCUUGCGGCGAAUGUGUACCUUGCAAGGACGAACAGGAGCAGUAUUGUCAAGGAAACGGCAAGGUCGGUCUCGUAGACACUUACAAUAGCUCGCAUCAUCACGACGGGAUUCCAACUAUGGGCGGAUAUAGCACCAACAUUCGAACUCAACAGCAGUUCGUCUUCCCCAUCCCCGAAAAGAUCAAGUCCGAGCACGCCGCUCCUAUGCUUUGCGGUGGUCUCACUGUCUUCUCUCCUCUUAUCCGCAACGGUGCUGGCCCUGGCAAGCGUGUCGGUAUCGUCGGUAUCGGCGGUCUUGGCCACUUUGGUGUCAUGUUCGCCCACGCCCUUGGUGCCGAGGUCGUUGCCAUCUCCCAUUCCCCCCGUAAGAGGGAGGACGCCCUCAAGAUGGGUGCCAACGAGUUCGUUUCGACUUCCGAGAACCCCAACUGGGCCGAUGACUACAAGUCCAAGCCUUUCGACCUUAUCAUCAACACCGCUUCCUCCAACGCUGUCGACCUUGCCUCCAUCCUUAGCACCCUAAAGGUCCACGGCCGACUCAUCUGCGUUGGUAUGCCCGAGGACGUCUUCAAGGUCCGAAUCCAGAACUUUGCCGGUAACGGUUGCCUGAUGGGCUCCUCGCACAUCGGUAGCAAGAAGGAGGCUCUGCAGAUGCUUGACUUGGCUGCCGAGAAGGGCAUCGAGCCUUGGGUCGAGGUUCUUCCUAUGAAGGACUGCUCCAAGGCCGUCAAGAGGGUCGAGGAGAACGAUAUCCGAUACCGAUUCGUUCUGGAGCAGGACAUCGAGAAGCACUGA